AUUUGUGCUAUAUAUACUACUAAUUAGAAACUUAUAGAUAUCUCAUAUUCUUACUUCCACUACAAAUGGCUCGCAUAUCAUUUGGAGACUUUGAGGAUUCUUUCAGUUCCAGCUCUAUUAGGGCAUAUAUUGCUGAGUUCAUCUCAACCUUACUCUUUGUUUUUGCUGGUGUUGGUUCUACUAGAGCCUUUGAUAAGUUGACAUCAGAUGCAGCACUUGAUCCAGCUGGGUUAUUAUCAAUUGCUGUAUGUCAUGGUUUUGCUCUCUUUGUUGCUGUUUCUGUUGGAGCUAACAUUUCUGGUGGCCAUGUCAAUCCAGCUGUCACCUUUGGAAUGGCUCUUGGUGGACAAAUCACCAUCCUCACUUCUCUCUUCUAUUGUAUUGCACAGUUUCUUGGCUCCAUAGCUGCAUGCUUACUCCUCAAGUUUGUAACUGGAAGCUUGACAAAUAUUCCAAUCCAUAGCAUAGGUGCAGGUGUUGGAGUUGGAGAAGGAGUAGUAACAGAGAUAGUGAUAACAUUUGGAUUGGUGUAUACAGUGUAUGCAACAGCAGCUGAUCCAAAGAAAGGGUCAUUAGGAACAAUAGCACCAAUAGCAAUUGGUUUAAGUGUUGGUGCAAACAUAUUAGCUGCAGGUCCAUUCUCAGGUGGUUCAAUGAAUCCAGCACGUUCAUUUGGACCAGCAGUUGUUAGUGGUGAUUUUCAUGACAAUUGGAUAUAUUGGGUUGGUCCUCUUAUUGGUGGUGGUUUGGCUGGUCUUAUCUAUACUCAUCUCUUCAUUCCAUCAAAACAUCAACAACCUAUGCCCAAGUGAUUUUUUUCUUUUAUUGAGGUUGUUGUUUUGCUUGUGUGAUAUAUGUGUUCCUAGUUCCUAGUUCCUACUCAAUAAAAGGAAGGAAAGCAACUAGUUCAUCUUUGCAAUUUUUUAUAUGAACGAAAUUUAGAUUAAUUAGCGAAGAUAUACUCUAUGUAGAAUCCGAGUGAAUUUGCAGACGUGAACGGUUAUAAUGAGUGUGAACAAAAUGUCCCCAAAAUUUGGUUACAAUGAGUGUGAACACAAUGUCCUCAAAGUAUCAACAGUUGUAAUAAAUUAUUAAUGUUAUCACUAUGAAUUAUCAUUUCCACUUUUUAUUUUUGUUCUAAAGUGUGAACGGAAGGUCCAACUAUUUGUAAACUGCAAUUAAGUGAGAAUGUAUCAUUGUUUUCAUGUAA